AUGGAGUUAGAACCUGACUGCAUCAUUAGCUCUGAAAGCUUCGACAAGUAUGCACUUGACGAACGCCGUCGAGCCUCCAAAGAAAGAGUUCAAGACUUCCUGGAUCGAGGUCUCAUGAGCCAAGGUGAGGCUCAAAGUAAGGCGUCAUCUGAGCUCGUUCUAAUCCAGUCCAGUUGUCACGCAGAUCUCUCUGAGGCGAUGUUCAAGCGCGUGGUUGCGGAGAGGCUCUCCGAAUUUGGAGUCAAUGAAUCACCGAACGCACCCGCGCUGCUGUUCAAAGUCUGCAGCUCGCAUGCAUUCUACCCCUUUACAGCAUCAGAAAGCGGCUCAGAACAGGCCGGGAUCGAUGAGGAUGCUUUUGUGCGCGCAGUUUGUCUACUGACGCUGAGUCCUGUCGAACGACACGGCACCCAAGUUCCGGGGACUGUGCAUCGCUAUUAUUCAGGAAACUGGGGCCCACAUGGUGGUUGGUAUAUUGCCAUCCGCGGUAAAGACGCCAGCGACUUCCGCAGACGGUUGUUCCGAAGCCUUGCUCUGCCUGCCAGCUCUGGUAGCAGCACCGGCUAUGACACAAAAAUAACGGUCCCUCGGUUCAUAUGGUUCGAAUCCAGAAAAGAAGAAAAUGAUUCUGGGCCUGAACCCGAUCAGCAGGUCGUUGUCGCAGAGGACGAGAGCGAGCUAUCGAUCGACAUUGUAGACGUCCUUUCAGAGUGCCCGCCCGAAGCAGAUACGCUGACCGCAAAUCCUUUUCGCGAAAGCUACCGUAUCGUCCUGCCAUCGCUGCCAAAACUGACUGGCGACUUAUCUAUGCUUUUCAUCCCUAGAAUAGAACUUGUGGCUUUGUUAAAGCUAGUCCACCAAGUACAGGGGGAAAGCUCAGUGGAUUCAGCAGCGGCGAUCAGAGGGCUAGGCAAUGAGGAGAAAAUCAGCUGGGAGAGGUUCGACUUUGCAAUAUCGGAAAAAUCCGAAUGUAUUGCAGAUGGUCUUUCGAAGGUUUUUAGCGCCUUCUCAACCGCCUAA